AUGAACACCAGUUGCAACAACUCCAGCUGGAGCUGCAGAUCCGGCCAUGCGAUCUACAGCAGCUACUUGGAGCACUCGCGGAUCGACAUGCAGGCGGAGGACGCCAACGCGUAUGUGGCCAGGGCACUACGGCUGGUCAUCGAGAACGUGCUGGCCCAGUUGAGCACCACCCUGGUGGUGACCAUCUCCACGCGCGACCUGAAAACGGCCACGUGGUUCGAGUACAUGAUGAACAUCCUGAUGGAUUCGUGGCGCAUGGUGGCGGUGCAGCUGCUCGGCUUCCGGCCGGACUUGGUGUCCAAUCCGGUGCCGGGAAGGAAGCGGGUUAACCUGCUCAUGGUGGACUCCUACGGGGGAUUACUGGACACCAACAUCACGGCCGACAAUGCGGACUUCGAUGACCCGGACUACUACUUCAUCUUCCUGCAGGCGCGGGAUCACCUCAUUCCCAAGGAGCUGCAGCUGAUCCUGGACCAUUGUCUGGCCCACUUCUGGCUACACUGCAACGUGAUGAUCCAGACCGCCCAGGUGGAGGUACUGGUCUACACCUACUUUCCCUAUACGGCGGCCAGCUGCCAGGAGGCGCAUCCCGUGCUGGUGAACACCUUCGAUGGCCGCCAUUGGAUGCGGAGUGCGAAGAUGUUCCCGGACAAGCUCAGCCAGAUGCACGGCUGUCCCCUCACCGUGCUCACCUGGCACCAGCCGCCAUUCGUGGAGCUCCUCUGGGAUCCGAAGGCGAAGAGCCACCGGGCAGCUGGCUUCGAGAUCCAGCUGAUGGAGCACCUGGCCCGCGGAAUGAACUUCAGCCUGGAGCUGGCCAAUAUUGCGCUGCUGCCGCCCAACGCAUAUCGCCUGGCGGAUGGUGCCAGCAGAGGACCCAUAGAAAGGCUCCAGCAGCACAGUGUCAAUGUGAGCUUGGGUUAUUUCCGCAAGACGGCGCUUCGGAAUGGGCUGCUGACCACGCCCAUGUCCUAUUACUCGGCCAACUUGGUGGCCGUCCUCCAGUUGGAGCGCUAUCGUCUGGGCUCCCUCGCCCUGCUGGCCUUUCCCUUCGAGCUGCCCGUUUGGCUGCUCCUGCUCCUGGCCCUCCUCAUCCACCUGGGCAUCCAUUUGCCACGAAGAGGGGUAGAAAAUCAAGGAGGAGGAGGUGGAGGGCUGCAGGUGGUGGGCUUGCUGCUGGGCGCCUCCUUGGCCCGCCUGCCACGCCCCUGGAGGCACCGUUUCAUCGCCGCCCACUGGCUGUGGGCCAGCUUACCCCUGAGGAUCUCCUACCAAUCCCUGCUCUUUCACCUGAUCCGCCUGCAGCUGUACAGCACACCAUCCUUCUCCCUGGAGCAGUUGCUGGCGGAGGGUUUCCAGGGGAUUUGCACGGCGAACACGCAGCGAUUGCUGCUCGAGAUGCCGCAGGUGGCCCGCAGUCCGGAUAGGUUCCACUCCCUGGAUACGCCCUCCGACUGGGACGUGCUGAACGCCCUGCAGCAGAACAGGAAUCGCAAAAUAUUCGCCGUGGUCAAUCAGGACAUUACGCGGUCCUUUCUGCACUCCUCCAGUCAUCCCAGUGCCUAUCACGUGGUCAAACAACCCGUGAACGUGGAGUACAUCGGCAUGUACAUGCCCAAGCACUCCUUCCUCUACGAGAAGGUGGACGAUGCACUCAGGCGACUGGAUGCCGCCGGCUUCAUCCUCGCCUGGCGUCGCGCCUCCUUUGGCUUCGUCCAUCGCAGGGAGCGGGUGCAGCACUCCAGCCGGCGGUUCAUCAACCACGCCAAGCUCUCCGGCAUUUACAUGGUCAUGGCGGGAAUGUACUUGCUGGCCGGUCUGGUCUUCGCCGGAGAGCUUGUCCUUUGGCGAAGGAACCUAAAGAAAGCUAAAUCCUGA